UUUCAAUUCAAAGCAUCUUAUAACAAUAAUAUAUCCAUUUUAGUAUCGGAAGUAUUUGAUACAACUGAAAGCAAUAAAUACACUACUUUUGCUACAACUCAACAUUACACCACAGACACAGAUUAUUUUCUGAAUCAAACGGAAACCUCCAUGUUUAGCAAACGAAUAGAUUCAGAAUUUUUAUAUGAUGAUAAUAAAGAAGAAAGAUUUCAAUUUCCAAAUUAUAUUGAGGAUGUCCAAGAUAAUUUAUUAAAGCAUAAUCAUGGCUCUUUCAAAAGUAAACUUAAUAUUUUAUUGGAUUUAAAGAAUAACCUUCUUUACAACAUAAAAAAUAAGAUAAAUAGGUUAUGGCCGAUUAAGCCAGAAGGAAGACAAGCUAAACACCUCGAAAAAGAAGAUGAUUAUCACAUGGAUUUCCCAUCAAACGAGGGUGCAUUAAUGACGAUUGGGUUUUUAACAUUUGCCGUUUUUCUAAUAAAACUAGUUUUGAAAUUAAUCACAACGCUUAGAGAUAAGAAUAAUGUUAUGACAACAACGGCCGCUCCGGGUACAGUCCUAUUUGGAAAAAAGAAACGAGAUGUUGCAUACGAAGAAGAAAUUCGUAUUUUAAGGCAUAUAAAUGAAUUUAAAUAUCAAUAGAAUUUGUUUUUCAAAACUCAGCUGAUUUUAGAUACUAGGUGAUAUAAAAAUAUGUUGUCCAAAUUAGACAUUUACACCCGUAGUAAAUUGAGCAUUUGUUGGGGGGAAGUAGAGCUUUAACUGGAAUUAUAUGAAACUACUUAUAAUA